ACAGGAAUUAAUUAUUAUUUAUUCUUUGAAGUUGCACUCUCUUUUUGAAUGAAUACAAUUUAUGUGACCGUGAAAAAUGAAGAUACGUGACCAACACGAUUGGCUAACCUAAGGGGCGGAAACGUAUAUAUAUCCAUGGGCGGAAAUAUAAUUACGUCGUAAUUCUGGAAUCUCUCCAAACAUAACAGUCUUGCUGCUUUGUAGGUUGCACGGAACGUGAAACAGAUAUGAACAUCACACACCUCACACUUCGAUGCUGCCUCUCUACUUAUCCACUAUUCAGAGUUAACCCUGCCAGACUUAUAUCAUCCACACAAAUGACCAUGGCACCCCCCAGACAUAAACAUGCAAAGAGAAUUGAGGGACUGGACAAGAAUGUAUGGGUUGCCUUUACAUCUGUGGCAGCAGACCCAACCAUCGUCAACCUUGGACAGGGCUACCCUGAUAUUCCACCUCCCUCAUAUGUCAAAGAAGGGCUUGCCCAGGCAGCAGCUGUGGACAGACUGAACCAGUACACACGAGGCUUUGGUCAUCCAUCUUUGGUCAAGGCCCUAUCGCAAGUGUAUGGUAAAGUGUAUGAUCGGCAGAUUGAUCCCUUCAAAGAGAUCCUAGUUACAGUCGGGGGUUAUGGAUCCUUAUUCAGUUGUAUGCAGGCUCUGGUGGAGGAAGGGGAUGAGGUUAUCAUUAUUGAGCCUUUUUUCGAUUGCUAUGUUCCAAUGGUACGAAUGGCUGGAGGCAAGCCAGUAUUGAUCCCCCUCAGACUGAAGUCAGGCAAGAAAGCAGACAUCACCAGCGGAGACUGGGUUUUGGAUCAGAAUGAACUUGCCAGCAAAUUCACCUCAAAGACAAAGGCCAUCAUCAUCAACACACCAAACAAUCCCAUAGGAAAGAUUUUCACCAGAGAUGAGCUCCAGGCCAUCGCAGACCUUUGCAUCAAACAUGACACCCUGUGCUUCAGCGACGAGGUGUACGAGUGGCUCAUCUACAAAGGCCAUGAGCAUAUCAAAAUAGCCACUCUGCCAGGUAUGUGGGACCGGACGGUGACCAUCAGCAGUGCAGGCAAGACCUUCAGUGUGACUGGGUGGAAGCUUGGCUGGUCUAUUGGCCCAGAACACCUGAUCAAGCACCUGCAAACAGUCAUGCAGAACACUCUAUACACCUGUCCUACUCCACUACAGGAGGCAGUGGCUCAGGGCCUGAUGAUGGACUACCAGCGCAUGGGCCAGCCCGACUGCUACUUCUCCUCCCUGGCCGAUGAGCUGGAGGGGAAGAGGGACCGCCUGGCCAGCAUCCUGCGCUCCGUCGGCAUGGAGCCUGUGGUGCCAGAAGGGGGCUACUUCAUGAUUGUGGACGUUACGGCACUCAAUAAGGACCUGUCGCACAUGGGGGACGAUGAGGCGUAUGACUACAAGUUCAUCAAAUGGAUGAUCAAAGAGAAGAAACUGGCGGCCAUUCCAGUAACUGCUUUCUGUGGCGAUGACUCAAAGAGGCAGUUUGAGAAAUAUAUACGCCUGUGUUUCAUCAAGCAAGACAGCACAUUGGAUGCAGCCGAGACUAUCCUGAGGAACUGGAACAAGUAGAUGUUAUGCUUGACUGGACCAGAACGGACAAUGCUCUGCGUUCAUACUACAUGCUGAAGUGAUCUGAAUCAGAUUUUAGAAAUGUAGUUAAAAAAAAUGUUUUUAUCAGAUUGAGGCCAUUUUUUGAAUGUGGCAUGGAGCAUUAAGGCCUGAAGGAAGCCUUACAGCCGGGCUACACCAGGCUUGCAACUGAAGGGUUCUGUUACUGGAGCUUAAAAAUGGUUUUAGAAGACUGGUCUAAUUCUUUUCGAAAGUGAGUGCUGCAAUCACAUCUGGGUAACCAGUUUCUUUAAUUAUAGCGGAAGCUAACUGUUGUAGCAUAGCCUACACUGCGAAUGGAACACUUCAGUUGCAUGUCCGUUGUAGCCCUGUCAGUUUGUAUUUAAAAAGACCAUUUAGCUUUGACACAACACAUGGACCUUAACAUUGUAUACUGUAGCACUGAUGACAUUCAUAGUGUAAACCAGACAAACUUGAAUCAAGGCGUUAAACACUCAGAGGUAGGCCUAGUUUAUUAUUGCCUCUUAUUUUCAUUAAUGAAGAUGUUAUUUAGUAUUUUCUGUUGCUGUAAGAUUUAAAAAACCAAGCUGGCUCUGAUUUAUCUCUGUAGAGACCAAUGUUUUUAGACCUGAUUUAGCAACAUAGUCACUGGUUUUGCUUAAGAUGCAAUUAAUUUAGAAUGGUUAAUUUCAUUUAGAAAAUCAUGAAACUUUUAAUACACUAUCUACAUCUUCCAGCAUUAAACACAUGCUAGCUUGGUAUUUUA